UGACAUAACGUCAACAUUUAUUAGUAAUAUGUCAAUUAAUGUUUUGAUUUUCUAAUUUCUGAAUCAUAGAACAAUUUAAAAUUCAACAUAAUUAAACAUACUUCUAAGCUUCUAAGCACGGCUUGCUCAGCAAUAUGAGUCGAACUUUUGAUAGAAACAAUUAUCCCAAAGUAUCAGAUUAUCUUCUGAAUGGAGCAAUUUUAACGUACAUAGGAGGGGUAUUACUGAUGAUAUCAUUUUGCAGCCCAUACUGGGUGAAGUCUUACACCGAAACAUUCUCAACCUUCAAAAACAUGGGAAUUUGGCAGUACUGUUUUGAGGAAUUCAGAUACCCAUAUUUUCAGUUUGAUAAACAGUUCAAUGGUUGUCACCAUGUGUUCAGUAAGGAAUAUCACGUUAUACGAGAGUGGCUGCUUCCAGGGUGGCUAAUAGCGGUACAGACUUUCAUGACGAUUUCAUUUUUAUUGAGUUUUGGUGCUCAAGCAAUUAUGGCCUGUCAAGUUUGUAGAUUUCCCUUGAAAUUCAUACUUAGAUAUGAGUGGAUUUUAUCUUCGAUAAACUUUGGGUUGAUCGCUACUGCAACUCUAUUUAUGUUCUUAUCCUUCCUCAUUUUUGGGUGCUCUUAUACAAGAAGAGACUGGUUGAUGUAUCCUAAUUUUAAUUUCCUCACAUGGGCCUACUGGUUUGGAGUUAUUUCCAUGUUCUUUCAUGCAUUUGCAUCUUUAUCACUUUAUAAAGAGGCAAGAUUGAGCUAUGAGUUGAAACAAGAAUCUAAAAAUUUGAUAAUGCAAAUGCAGCACAAUCCACAGCACAGGCUGGGAUGGUCUAUCUAUUGAAGUGUGUAAUAUAUCUGGUAUAUUCAACAUAAAUAUAUUUUUUUACAGUAUUGUUUGUACGUAAAGAGAUAUAUCAAUUUCUAUCACCAUUUUCAACAAUAUUUAUUAUAGUUUUGUAGAUAUUUUGAGCCUUAAUGUACCUCUGGAUGGUUGCAAAUGUAUCAUUUAUGAUACAUAACUCAAUCGGCCUAUUGAGUUUUGAAUUUAGUGACUGACAAAAUUCAUCAAGAUAUUUAGUGUUAAGAUAGCACUGUUCACUUGAAACAGAAUAUUUUGUAUUUGAUGUUGUUUGACUCAACACUGAUGUUUUUCUAGGAACUUGUUUCCUACUAGCAUUUAAACCUAAUUUUUUUCCGAUUGGUCAUUAUAGAAGGAAUGAUUAUGAAUUCCCUCACUGUUUUCUUUUUGAUACGUUUUCUCUAAUUAAUUAGUUUAUGUACAAGUCAAUUAUUUUAACAAUGUUAUCAUUUGUUGUAAAGAUAUCUUUUAUAUGAUUUUUGGCUCUUAUUGUUCGAAUUUUGAAGUAGUGAUACUGAAGUAUUAUGCAAAUACUGAAUCCGUCCAUUGUUAUAAUAUUGAACAAUAUUGACUUUUUAUAUUUUGGUAGUUAAGAUUUGAAAUAUAUUCCCACUAAAAUAUUAAA